CUUUUUUUUUUUUUAAUGAAGAACUAAGGCCUGUUUUUUGAGUUCUCUGAUUGGAGUUUAACUUUAGAUCUCUUGCAUCCCCAUAAACUAUCAUUUCAUUUCAUUUUCCUUAAAGAGCAGCGGGAACUUAGCCAUUUGCAAAGCCAUCUGCCAGCAAAGCCUUACAGAUUUUUAUGAUUCCCCUCCACCCAAGGACUUUUAUAAUUGUCUGUUCCUACUAACUUGACAAUAAUUGUUUUUAAGCAGUUAUCUUUAUCAAAGCUUUUCCAAAACAAUCUAGUUUUUAUAGAAAAAACUCUCUUUUAUUCUUAUAUUUCACUUAUAUUUCAUUUUACAUAAUGUUAAAUUAUAUCAAGUAUUUUUAAGGCUUGCCUGUUGAUAAGCUUCUGUGCACUUUUCUACAUUUGGCUUAUACUUUAAUAAAAUGUUAAUCUAAACAGCAGUUAAGCAUUUAUGGUGCUAUAUUUGAAAAUGUGGGUAGGGUAUGACUCCUGGGAUACUGGGGAUAUGGGAAGGUAUGGAAAGGAGAGGCCCAGUGGGGAGUACUCCUGAUAAUUGACAACUCACUUUCUCACAUAGUACAGUUGAAUGGACAGAUCCAGCCUUGUUUUAUCUGCCUCUUCUGUUUUUGGUUCCAGGGUCUGUUGGGAUGGUAUAUGGUGAAAAGUGGAUUAGAAGAAAAACCAGACUCCCAUGACAUCCCUCGGGUCAGUCAGUACCGCCUCGCUGCCCACCUGGGAUCAGCCCUUGUUCUUUAUUGUGCCAGCGUGUGGACUUCACUCUCACUGCUGCUCCCUCAGCACAAGUUGCCUGAAACUCGUCAGCUCCUGUGGUUGAGACGAUGUGCUCACGGAACAGCAGGCCUUGUGUUCCUUACUGCUCUCUCAGGGGCUUUUGUGGCAGGACUGGAUGCUGGGCUUGUUUACAACUCUUUCCCAAAGAUGGGAGAAUCUUGGAUCCCAGAGGAUCUCUUUACCUUCUCCCCCAUCCUGAGGAAUGUUUUUGAGAAUCCCACCAUGGUGCAGUUUGAUCACCGGAUUCUGGGAAUCACUUCAGUUACAGCUGUGACAGUGCUCUAUUUCCUCUCCCGGAGAAUGCCCCUUCCUCGAAGGACCAAGAUGGCCGCAGCGACUCUGCUAGCUUUGGCAUAUACACAGGUGGGCUUAGGCAUUAGCACUCUGCUGAUGUACGUUCCAACUCCUUUGGCUGCCACUCACCAGUCGGGCUCCCUGGCUCUGCUCAGUGUUGCCCUUUGGCUCAUGAGUGAACUCCGAAGAGUCCCAAAAUAAUUCUCAGAGGAUCAGCUUCCUAGGAGUGAAAGUGCUUUUGAGAGCUCAUCAGAGAGCACAAGAACUUGGGAGUCUUCUAAAAGGAUGACCUUGGCAUACCAAGUGGUUUCCAAAUUGGUCAAGUUAUUUAAAAUUCUUUGUCUGUUUUUGACAAAGUCACUGGAUCAGGAGUGUCAUUAAGUAUGUUUAACUAAAGAAUCCUUUUUUAAAUAUUUGUACAUUUGGUUCUGUCAUUGAAAAUCAUGUUUAAUGUAGAGAAAGAAAUGUCUGCAUUUGUUGCUUCUUAAUAAACUGUCUCAGAUUUCUUAA